ACCACCAAGAGCAACAACAACAAACCCGAGGGCACACAAAAAUUGCUAUAAAGAAAAGUCGCAUAUAGUGAGAUUGCUCCGCUGAAAUACUAAUAAAACAACGAAGAAACUAGAAGCAACUUCAAAAAUGUCCGUGAAAGAUUUUAUAAAGGGGCUGCCCAUCCACGACUCGACCAAUUUCACCCACUUGAGCAACGAGCAUGGGAUUCGCACCUCGCAGAAGCGGGCCUCCGUCUACCUGCCCACCGAAGACGAGCAUUCCGAGCAGCUGAUCGUGAUGGACAAGCGCUGCGUCCUGCUGCGCUACCUCACCCAGCAGUGGGACAAGAAGACGCUCCAGCGCAAGCGGGAGCACGGCGGCGAGUCCGGGAAUGGCAACGGCAACAGCUCCACGCCCAACGGCAACGGCACCAACAGCAAAAAGCGUCCUCGCUUGGAUCCCAACGAGCUGAACUAGGCGGCAGGACCUCCAGCCAAGCACACGAAGGACAUCCCCACAGCACUCGCGCCCCUGAGCUUCGCCACCACAACCUAUCGUUCAUUUACUAUCAUAAAUAUAUUAAUAUAUAACAAAGAAAACACAGUACAAAGGAAUUGCAGUCGAACGUCACAUGUCGCAUAAAGAAUUCGCGCUUAAAGAUCACCUUCGCUUGUGUAUGAAAAUGUAACUUGUACCUAGCCAAAGGACAGGCCUUCAGCAUUCUUCGUACUUUGAAAUUGAACCAAAUUAUCAUAGCUAUAUGCUUAUAGCCUAGGCAAAUAACAUGUAUCAAAGUAUUUUUUAAGUUUUUUUUUUUUGCAAAAAUGUCAUUGAAUUCCAUGUAUUGUUAAUCUCUGGCAAGACUUUUUGAUACUUUGUACUUACCCAGGCGAAUAAACGUCUCGAACCAUUCUGUUAGAUUUAAAUGUAUGUACUUGUAAAAUUGUUACAUAUUUUAAAAUUUGUAUCUUACAAAAUGUUCCUUCUUUCAUGAAAAAUCAUCUAUAAUGAGCCCUGGAUAGGGCUUCAGUUAGGGAAACAAUACUCGUAAUGAAAAACAGAUUUCGACCAAUGGAAGUUCGACUGCAUUCCGGUACAACACACAUAUUAUAAUAGCACACACUCUGAGCUCCAAUAGAUUUACUUUUAAAGACAAA